AUGUCAUCCCCCAAUCUGAACAACAUAAUAAUAAUUGGUUGUAUCCUCACCUAUCUAAGCGUUUUUCUGCUCGGUACGGACGGAGGAGUCGUCAAUAUCAAGUACCUGCGACAUAUCUGUACGUCGCGGGCAUGGGUUCUGUCUAUCGGGUUUACCCUCGCAUUUGGCGCCAUGUUCAGUAAAACAUGGAGAGUACACUCCAUCUUUACCGACAUCAAACUUCACAAGAAGGUAAUCAAAGACUACAAGCUGAUCUUGGUUGUCACCGUGUUACUUUUUAUAGAUGCAGCAUUAUUAGUCACGUGGCAAAUUAUGGACCCUCUACAAACAUCUAUUAAGAACCUCGCAGUCCAAAAGGAAGGCGACUUGGAUGUGAUUCCUGUAGUGGAGUACUGUGUCAGUCACAAGAUGACAAUAUGGCUUAUACUCAUAUACGCAUACAAGGGAAUGCUCCUGGCCCACAAGGGAAUGCUCUUAGAUAAGUAA